AAGAGUUCAGGCGGAGAGAAAAGCGCAUCUCUGUUUCGGGUACCUGAUGAGCAUCGCAUCAGACAAGACCGGACCUUCCGACUUUGUUUUAUGGGGAUUUGUUCGAGCACAAUAAAAAAAAAAACGUUAGUCUGACAAACAUUUAAAGGGAUAUCAACUGGACGGCGGGUGUUUCAGAAAUGGCUUUGUCUCUCCGAAGCAGGUGUUUGGUUUUGCUGUGCUUGACAGCUGUUCACUGCGGCCACUCAGCUCUUCAGCUCGGCUCACGGCCCGUCGCGUUUUACCAGCAGUCCUGCAUGGAUAAGCACCAGGUGGUGGGAGUGCUGCGUCAGAUGGAGAAGUUCUUGAAAGGCCAGGAGAUCCGGUUCACAGAAGGUCUCCGGAUCAUGAAGUCAAAGCUGGCGUCGCUUCAGAACUCCGUCUCCAAGUUACCUCAAGCUGAUCAGUCAGCUGCUCCGACCACCUGCCCCUCCCUGGACGCCCCCGCUCACGGAACAAAGUUCGGCUCGAAGCAUUUCGUCGGACACGAAGUCCAUUUCGUUUGUACGCAGGGGUACCAGCUUGUCGGUUCUUCUACGCGGGUUUGUCGGGACAACGGCACGUGGUCUGGUGUCAGUGUCGUUUGUAAAGAUAUAAGCGAGUGUGCAAGUAACCCCUGCCAGAAUGGAGGUACGUGUGUGGAAGGUGUCGACCAGUACAAAUGCACCUGCCCCCAGAACUGGAGCGGCUCUCACUGCCAGCACCAGACCCAGACUGCACCGCCCGAGUGGAGCGUUAUGAACGACCCGGCGUUCAGUCGGCGACCUCGUUGCGCCCAAGUCAACCAAGCCCAGCACUGCAGCUGUGACGCAGGCUUCCACAUGAGUGGCACGUCUGACAACAGUAUCUGUCAGGACGUCAAUGAAUGCGAAGUGUAUCGGUUGGACCAAGCAGGGAAACUGUGCGUCCACGAGUGUGUGAACGUCCCCGGCUCAUACCACUGCUCCUGUCCCAGCGGUUACAAGUUACUUCCGGAUGGGCGGAGCUGUGAAGAUGUGGACGAGUGUUUGAGCCAGAAGCAUAACUGCAGUAGAGGGACAUCUUGCAUCAACACUGGGGAAGGCUUUCGUUGUGUCAACCCCGAGUGUCCCCGUUCCCAUGGCAACAUCAGCUACGUCAAGACAUCGCCUUUUCAGUGUGAGAGGAACCCCUGCCCCAUGGACAGCCGCUCCUGCCAUCUGGCUCCUAAGACCGUGUCCUUCCACUACCUGUCGCUGCCCUCCACGCUGCAGACCCCCGCCACGCUGUUCCGCAUGGCGACCGCAGCCCCCCCCGGCCGCACCGGCCCAGACAGCUUGCGCUUCGGCAUAGCGGGGGGAAACUCCAGAGGCACUUUCGUCAUGCAGCGCUCAGACCGACAGACCGGUGAGCUGAUUCUGGUGCAGCAGCUCCGGGGGCCUCAGGAGGUCAGCGUGGACGUGGAGAUGUCAGAGUACGCCGACCGCAGCUUUCAGGCCAAGCACGUGGCGAGGGUCCACGUUCUGGUUUCGCCGUACAGUUUCUGAACCUGGAGGAGGUGAAGAGCUCAGACUGAAGCCUGUACAGGAACAAGGAAGAGUGCACAGAGGCCGCUGAGGGGAAAGAGAAAAUGUUGCAAACCGUCACAGAUUUCUAUCCAGUAUGGUUUAAGAAGGAUGCCAGGGUCUUAAACAGUACUGUUUAAAAGCAUAAAUUUCUCCUUGCGCUCAAAAGAUAAUUUGAGUCGAUACAAAUUGCAGUUCUAAAAUAAACUUUUCAUUUAUUAAAGGGGAAAAAGCUACCACCACCUGCCUAGCUCUAUGCGCAGUAAAAGCAUGUCUAAGGAAUUGGUGCUCCUCUCGGCAACCGUAAUGAGAGCCAAUAUCCGCAAAUGGAGAAAAUAUGUAACGUAGUGAACCUUUUAAAUUAUACUUGGAGAGCAAUAGAUACUCAGAGUAUCCACUAGUAAGAGGCUAAUGGAAACUAGCCAUUAGCCUCUUAGCUGGGUAAAACAAUGCAUCCUGUGGGAUGUUCCAAAGUCAAAACUAUUGUGGAUCAAAAAAGAGCACAAGACAACUCACAUUUGCUUAAAAUGGUCCAUUUUGAUGACCAUCCAGACAUUUACGAAAAUUUGGGAUACACUUUUAAAUUGGCCCCGAUUUCCUUAAUUUUGGGAGAUUGGUGAUCGGCUGAUAUUUAAAUGAGAAACAGAUCUUAUCCACCAAUCUUAUCUACCUCGGCAAAGGUCCUGUCCCCUGUUGCUCUGCUGUGAGAGAGACCGUUGCCAGGUUAGGGGCUUUGUUGUUAUAGUUAGCUACUUUAUAAACAGAAACAAUAGCAGUCAAAAUCAGAAACAGCAGGUAAGGCUUUCUAAGGAUUGUGAUCGGCCAGAAAACUGCAAUCGGUGCACCUCUAAUGAAAAUAUUUUGUUCACUGCUGAAGCAAAAUUGAAACUUUUUAAUAGCUGUGCGUCCUGAUACAUUUGGCUUGAAACAAAAGCAGCUUUUUGGAAAAGACAAACCCGUCAAGCUGACAGGUUGACGGGUUUGUCUUUUCCCGUCAACCUGAGUUGACGGGAAAAGAAGAACUGGGCAGCAGAGUUCUGGGCUCUGCUGCCCAGAACUGCAGCAGAGCAGCAGUUCUGGGCUGCUCUGCUGCUGCAGGACCUGCAUGACUUUGUUCAAUUAAUUGAACCAUAAAUUUUGCUCUCAACCUGCAGCAAGAAAAAGAUGUGGUGGGAUGAGUUUGAAAAGGGCAAUUUAUGCUGAAAAACCCCGCAAUGUGGCUGAAGAAGAAAAUAAUCCGCCAAAGAAAAAUCCCAUUGCCAGUCAUCACAAACCUUUGAUCCCCAACAAUGGCACAGCUAGUUAUUAGGUUCAGGGAUACAAUUUCUUUUUCACGCAUGGCCAGCUUGGUUUUGGAUGGCUUUUUUUUUUUCUUCCUUUGAUGAAUGAAAAAACUGCAUUUUAUGUUUUGCCAAAUGCAAAAUACUUUUUCACAGCACUGUAGUUUAUGAAGUGUGGUUCAGAAAAAGCAUUACGUCUGUAUGACAGCGGUCCUCCAAUCCAGGUCUCGAGGGCCGCCGCUGUGCUGCCGCUUUUAAAUGCACCUCUGCUUCAAAACACACCUGAGUCAAAUAAUGAUGUCAUCAGCAUCAGGAUGAACUUACUGCCUGCUGAGGAAGAGAUUCAGCCAUUUGAUUCAGGGGAACACAAUGGAAAAAAAGAGCUGAUCUAACUUUAAAAAGUUUGAGUUAAUUUGUUGCAAUCAAAUUAAAUUUAUCCAUUAAGUUGUCACAUUAAACAAACAAAGACAGUUUGACAAGCUUAAUUCGAUAACAUUUAACAAAUUAAUUUUUUUUUUUAAAGUCCCCUGGUAGAGGAUCUCAUGCAGGGGCCUCAUAAACAUCCCGACAUGGCAUUAGUGCUUGUGCGGCUCUAAUUUAUUGGAAAUAUUGUUGCUGGAUUUUGAAGUGUAACAUAUUAUGUGCAAAUCAUAUCAUAUACUGUAUAUUUGUGAUUUUGAUUUCGUUUUGUACAAGCUUGCGUUCAUGUUUUGCCAGCAGCUGCUGCAGCAUUUAUCUCUCUGUCAUAUUCUGUAUGUUAUGCAGAAAUACUUUAAAAAAAAAUUCACAGUGCAGUUGGAUUUGGCGCAUUUACUGACAUACUUUCUGGUCAUUUUGAAUAACUCCAACAUUACUGCAAUAAAGCCAGUCCAAGGUUUCA